CCGGGUGUUUCUGACAGGGCUUUCGACGCCGCUCUUUCGGCGACUUUUUGGUCUUCCGCUUCUUGCCACUGCCCCCAACCUCCCACCUCCGUGCUGCCCCUGCCUGUUGUCGUGUCGCUCCGCCCGGGCCGCCGAGCCCGGAGUUCAGAUCGCGGGCCGGAGCCGGAGCCGGGCCUAGCCAUUCCGCGGGCCACCACCUCCUCUGGCUCGGGCGAAAGCCGCGCCGUCGCCGGCCCGGCCUGGGAGCUCCCGGGCGGCAGUGCCGGCGGCCCCGCUUAGCCCUGCCCGAGGACACCGUGAGUUAGGGGGCUUCGGAGAGGGACGCCGCCCUGGGGGCCCAGGCCGGGGGCGGGGCCUGGGGAACUUUCUCUGAAACUCUGCUGUUUUGCUUUGCGUGGGAGGCUCGGGCCGUUUCUCCGCGAUCCCGGGCUGCGGGGCGGACCCGGCUGCUGCACUUUCUGAAGAAUCUCAGGACCGCUUACUCUUUCCACGCCUUUCUCCUCCUCGCGCCCCGUCCUCCGUCUAGGACCGAGAAGGAAGAUAGGCUCGGGACCCCUGCAUGGUGUUUCAAAGGGUGGUGAAGAACUAAGGUAGAAGAAUACAUGUUCACUUUUAGUGAACAAGAGCAUGUUCCCAAACUCAAUUUUGGGUCGCCCGCCUUUCACGCCAAACCAUCAACAACAACAAAACUUCUUCGCCCUGUCACCAACUCUUUAUUCACACCAGCAGCUUAUAGAUGCCCAGUUCAACUUUCAGAACGCAGACUUGUCUAGAGCUGUGACAUUACAGCAGCUGACGUAUGGAAAUGUCAGUCCAAUACAGACCUCAACUUCCCCAUUAUUUCGAGGAAGGAAGAGAUUAAGCGAUGAGAAAAACCUUCCUCUUGAUGGUAAACGGCAGCGUUUUCAUUCACCCCACCAAGAGCCAACUAUAGUUAACCACAUAGUGCCUUUAUCAGGUGAAAGAAGAUACUCAAUGCCACCAUUGUUUCAUACACACUAUGUGCCAGAUAUAGUCAGAUGUGUUCCACCCUUUCGAGAAAUACCAUUUUUAGAACCUAGAGAAAUCACACUGCCUGAGGCCAAAGAUAAGUUGAGUCAGCAGAUAUUGGAGCUAUUUGAAGCAUGUCAGCAGCAAGUAAGCGAUUUAAAGAAGAAAGAACUCUGUCGAACACAGCUGCAGAGAGAAAUUCAGCUGUUAUUUCCACAAAGCAGACUUUUUUUGGUGGGAUCCUCUUUGAAUGGAUUUGGUACCCGGAGCAGUGAUGGUGAUUUAUGUCUAGUUAUUAAAGAGGAACCAUGUUUUUUUCAGGUAAAUCAGAAGACUGAAGCACGACAUAUACUCACCUUAGUCCAUAAACACUUCUGUACUAGACUUUCUGGCUACAUUGAGAGACCUCAGCUGAUUCGAGCAAAAGUGCCAAUUGUGAAGUUCAGGGAUAAAGUCAGUUGUGUGGAGUUUGACUUGAAUGUAAACAAUAUUGUUGGAAUAAGAAACACAUUCCUUCUGAGAGCUUAUGCAUACCUUGAAAAUCGAGUUCGUCCGUUAGUACUGGUGAUUAAGAAGUGGGCGAGUCACCAUGAGAUAAAUGAUGCCAGUCGUGGUACUUUAAGCAGCUAUAGUCUUGUAUUGAUGGUUUUGCACUAUUUACAAACCCUACCUGAACCCAUCCUUCCAUCCAUCCAAAAAAUUUACCCAGAAUCUUUCAGUCCUGCUAUACAGUUGCACCUUGUACAUCAAGCACCAUGUAAUGUUCCUCCUUACCUCUCAAAGAAUGAAUCAAGUCUUGGGGACCUCUUACUGGGCUUUCUUAAAUAUUACGCUACAGAAUUUGACAAAACAAAAGAAAAAUUUAAGUUGUAAAUAUCGUACAGACUCAUGGAUACUGGGAAGAUUCUAAGAACCCUAAAAGGUACAUAUUUUAUAAUCCUCUUUAUUCCCUGGAUGCCUAAUCACAUGUAAUUACUGCUAGUCUAGCUGCUGAAUUAAAAAUACAUAUCUGCAUAUUUAAACACAUACAUUUUUUAAAAAAGGACAUUACAAAUUAUUACCUGUAUUGCAUUUUAAUAUCUAGCAUGAUGAGGGAAAGUCCCACUGAAAAGGUGACCUUUGAAUAAAGACCUGAUGGAGAGGAAGGUGUGAGCUUCGUGUCUGUCUGGGAGAAGAGCUUUCCAAACAGAAGGCAAAGCAUGUGCAAAGACCCUGUGGUGGGGUUUUCUAACAUGUUCAAGUAACAGAAAGGAGGCCAGUGUGACUGGAAGAGAAUAGAAGGAAAUGAUGUCAGAGAAUUAAGGAAGUCCACAUCAUGUAGGGGCUCAUAGUUAAUUUUGAUGACUUUGGCUUUUCCUCUGGGUGAUAUGGGAAAUCACUGGAGGGGUUUCAGAAGGGAAAUGGUGUAAUCUGAUUUAGUUUAUAACAGGAAAGAAUAGACUGGCUGCUGGGUAAGGAUAGAAUGAAGGGAGCCAAGGGCAGAAGCAGAGAGACUACUUAGAGGUUAUUGUAAUAAUCUAAGAGAAAUGUGGCCUGGAGAAUGGUGGUUGUAGUGGAAGUGGAUGAGAAGUGGUCAGGUUCUGCUUAUAUUUUGAUUUGUAGCAGAUUAGAUGGGGUGUAAGAGAAGGAGAAGAGUCAAGAAUGACUUCUAAGUUUUUGGCCUGAGCAAUUGAAAGGAUGGAGUUGCCAUUAGGUGUGAUGGAGAAGACAAGGGAGGAACAUUAUUGAUUUUGAACAUCUUAAGAUUGAGAUACAAAAUAUUUAAGUGAGGAUAUUGAAUAGAGAGUUGGAUAUGCAAAUCUAGAGUUCGGGAGAGAGGUCAUGAUUAGAGCUAUGUAUUUGGGAGUUGUCAGCAGAUAGAUGGUAUUUAAAGCUAUGAAACUGUUUGAGAACACCAAGGGAAUAUAGAUAGAAAAGAGAAAAGGCCCAAAGACUAAAACCCUUAGAUGCUCCAGUGUUAAGAGACUUAUGGGAGGAUAUGGGAAUAUGUUAAAUGACACAAUGAAAGAGACAAAUUCGGAAUGUAGGAAUGUAGGUAUUCUGUGAAACAACUGGCUUAGUCUCUUAAAAAGUCAGUAUCAUUUAAAAAAAAAAACAUGGAAGGAACUUUUCCAGGUUAAAGAGAGGAAACAAUCAAAUACAAUGCAUGAACCUUGAUUAUAAUCUGAUCAGGGUGGAGGAAUUAUAAAAGGCGUUUGAAUUACUGUUAAUUUCUAGAUACUGUUGGUGUUAUAAAAGAGAAUGGCCUUAUUCUUAGUAGACAUAUACCAAAGGAUAAAGGAAUAAAAUUUCAUUAUGUCUCCAGCUUAACAAAUGGUUCAAUUCAAAACAUACACAUACACACACACACACACACAAGCAAAUGUGGGCAGUGUUAAUAACUGGUGAACUGUUUUUGAGUUUUAUGCUUUUCAGUUUUUCUCUUUGAAAAAUUUCAUAAUACAAAGAUGAAAUAAAAAUGGGAUUAGAGAUUAGAAGGAACAAAUAUAUAGUCUAAAAAGGAAGAAUCAUUGAGAUAGGAGGAAGGCCAAUAGAAUGUGGUGUCUUGGAAUCCAAGGGAAAAAAUGUUUCAAGGAGGAGAGAGUGAUUUAUCUGUGUCACAUUUUUUGAUAGAUCCAAGUACACAAUGAAAACGAAAAGCUGACCAUUGGAGCAUGGGUCUACGUGGAUGCUACUAGACCCUUAACAGGAGCAGUUUCUGUGGAAGAAUAGGGAUAAAAAGCAUGACUGGUGUGGACUCAAGAAGAACGGGAGGGGAAGAAUUAGAUACAGUUAGUGUAGUAUAUGCAAACUCUAGGAGUUUACAUGCUUGUAAAGGGGAGCAGAAAAAAUAGGGUAGAAAUUGGAGGAUUAAGUGGGGUUGAGUUUUUUAUUUUCUUUUUAGAAAGAAGAAACAAACCAUCUUGAUGGCAAAAUUGGUGAUACCAGAAAAAGACAUAGUAAAUUGUUGAACAGUAUACUUGUUUGGGUCAAGAAGGGUUGGAAUCUAGAGCACAAGUGGAAGAGGAGCACUGGUAAUUCAUUAAUAAUAAUGAGAAAAAGCAGACUAUGUGGAUACAGAAAGUGAAGGUGAAUCAGUGUGGUGGGAGCUAAUGGAAAUUAUCUUUUGAUUGGUUUAGGUUUUUUUUUUUUAGUGAAAAGAAGCAUAGACGUCAGCUGGGAAUGAUUGUGAGGGAGGAGAUUUGAGAAGUGAGGAGAAAGUAUGAAUUGUCAUGUUAGGAGAAUAGAGGAAUGAAUUAAUUUUGGAAAUAUGAUGGGUGGGUAGUUAGCAUUUAGGAUCCUUUCGAGCUAAGUCAUCAUGAAUUUAAAGGUCAGCGUGGUUGCAUGUUUUUCUCCACCCAUCUGUAGCUACAAGGGAAGGGAUUGGAGUAAACAAAGAUUUAAUUAUGGUUGUGUUUCAUCCAAGUAAGUUCAGUGCAGCAAGAGGGGAUAAGAGAAGUGAGGGGAUAUACAAGGAAGUGAUUUUAAUAAUUGACCAUGGACAGAAUGUAUUAAAUUCAGUCUUGAAAAUGUGAGCACAGGGAUGCAUGUAGAACAUCCAGGUGGCAGUUCUUUUUUUUUUUUGAGGAAGAUUAGCCCUGAGCUAACUACUGCCAGUCCUCCUCUUUUUUUGCUGAGGAAGCCUGGCCCUGAGCUAAUAU